UGGUGGCCGUCUCGGUAUAAAAACCGCAGAAUCUUCGGUUUAAGUCACAUUUCGAUUCUACUUCUCACAUCAAGUACAACAUGAGGACCUUCGCAGCUUCUUUACUUUUGCUGGUCGUCGCCGCUAGCGCGAACGCGGCCGUAAAGAACCUCCACAAACGAGGACUUGCUGCCCUCGAAGGCAACGGUCAUGGGUCCGCACAAUACCUUCCACCUGUCUCUACAUCUUACGAAGCUCCCGUGUACAAGCCUCAAACAUUGAGCACAUCGUUCGUUGCUCCAGCUUCGACCUACGGUGUCCCGUCCUUCAACUCUCCUGUCUCCACCUAUAAGGAAGCAUCCUACGCUGUCCCAGCUGCGACUUACGGUGUCCCUGCUGUCCACUCGCAAGUCUCCGUGGUGAAGCCCGUGACGACGUCCUACGUCGCUCCGGCUCCAGCCUAUGUGGCCCCAGCUCCAGUUUACAGUGCCCCAGCUCCAGUUUACAGUGCCCCAACUCCAGUUUACAGUGCCCCGGUCUCGCACCCGGUGUCCGUCAGCUCCGGCUACAGCAGUGGCUUGUCUUUGGGACACCUGAGCGUACCCAGCGCUUCUUAUAGUCUGCCCAGCACGUCUUAUGGUGUGCCUAGCGCCAGCUACAGCGUACCCAGCGCAUCUUACAGCGUACCCAGCGCAUCUUACAGCGCACCCAGCGCAUCUUACGGCGUACCUAGCGUAGCCAGCCUAUCCGCCGUCGUCGACCACGCACCCGUUGUCCCCCAAACUGGCCUCAAUCUUGGACUUUCUCUGGGCCAUUCGAGUGUACAUUCCGGAUCUUUGGGAGUCGCCGAGCAAUCCGCAGUCGGCGCCAUCGACCUCUCCUCUGGAGGAGCUUCCCUGGGACAAGACGAUGGAUACUCGUAUCCCGUUCCGUCGAAGCAACUCCUCGUCUAAAACGCAAUCUAAUAGAAGAAUCUCGAAACAGCGGGUCCAAGGUGUAUCAAAGUCCUCGCAUCUUUCGUCUAGAACAUGCUGCAAACUGACGUCAUCAAACUUAUCCUAGAAUUGCUUUUAGAUGAUACCGAAAUGUGAUCUUGAAAGGUAGAAGGAUGUUGAAGUAUUGUAUGGAUUAUUGUGCGGUACGUCAGGUUGGCAAUUCUCGUGGAAGAGUUGUGAGAGUAGAGUAAAGUAGAGUAAAGUAGAGUAAAGUAGAGUUUCAUAUUUAUCACCGAAUCUUGUACACUGUAAAAAGAAGUCAAUAAAUUUUUCUACGUUUCCCUACA